AUGUCGUCCAACGGUACCACAACGAGGAAGAUUGUCUGCUUCUCAGACUUCGAUGGAACGAUAUUCAUGCAAGAUACAGGCCAUGUCCUCUUCGAUAACCUAGGAUGUGGCGCCAAGCGCCGCCAAAUGCUUGACGAGCAAAUCAAAUCCGGCGAGCGCUCGUUCCGCGAAGUCUCCGAGGAAAUGUGGGGUUCGCUACGGAUCCCCUUCGAGGACGGCUUCGAUGUGAUGCAGGAGGAGCUGGAUAUCGAUCCUGGGUUCCAGGAAUUUCACAAGUUUUGUAUCGAAAAGGGAAUUGAGUUCAACGUUAUCAGUGCUGGGUUGAAGCCUAUUUUGCAGAAAGUGCUGGACACUUUCCUGGGAGAGCAAGAGGCUUCGCGCAUUCAGAUUGUCGCCAAUGAUGCAGAAAUCAAGUCCGACGGGUCGGAGUGGAAGCCGAUCUGGAGGCAUGAAACAGAGCUUGGUCACGACAAGGCGCUGUCCAUUAAAGAGGGUCGUGCGCAGGCAGCAGAAGAUGCUUUGGAAGGAGAGAUCCCUCUUAUUAUCUUCAUUGGUGACGGCGUGUCCGACCUCCCGGCUGCUCGCGAAGCAGAUGUUCUCUUUGCACGCAAGGGCCUGCGGUUGGAAGAAUACUGCAUUGAGAACAAGAUCCCCUACAUUGGUUUCGACUCAUUUUCCGACGUCAAGCGGGAAGUAGAAGCGAUCAUGAAGGAGGACCAGGAGAAGACCAAGGGUGUGGGCAAGCCUGCCCGAUUCAACCCCCGGGCUAACAUGUGGCGGCGGAUUUCUAGCAGGCAGGCUGUUCCGAAAUUUGUCGCUGCCACACCAUCCAACGAAGAGAAGAUGUUCCUCUGGCCAGAGAGCUUCUCCGAAUACCGACCCAAGAAUGCGGAUGAUAUCCGAGUGUGA